AUGUCCAAUUCCAGUCAUGCCCAGACCAACACCGAGGUCUCCGAGCAGCCCCAACAACAGCAGAAGCCUCAAGUGCUCGAGGAGGAUGACGAAUUUGAAGAUUUUCCCGUGGAGGAUUGGCCUCAGGAAGAAGCUGAGCAGAACGCCGGGUCAGCAGCCAACGGGGGUAAUGAGCAUCUCUGGGAGGAAAGCUGGGAUGACGACGAUGCUGCAGAGGAUUUCUCAAAGCAGCUGAGGUAUGUGGUUUUGUCACCCGGACCGCCAAACAUUACACUGCGAUGCGAGGCGUUUUUGUAUUCCGUAGCGCCGGAGACCGUCGACCCAUCGGAGGAGCUCAAGAAAGUUGAGGGCUCGCACUAG